AUGCCUCACAAACACAAACGAAAGCAUGGCGAAGGCGAUGCCGCAAGCUUUAAUCUUCCCCCAACCGCCCAUGCGACGUCGUUGCCCGUGAACAAGCCCAAAGCCGUCGUGGUGGACGGUGAUCCGGAGUCGAAGCGGUCGAACAAGCGCAGGAAGCCAAAUAAACCGAAAUCCGCAGAAACGCAGAAAAUGGUUGACGAUACUCCGAAGCAGUUCGCACGCCUCAUGGCGUUCCAGCAAGGGAAGAAGUUGCGCAAGGGUCUCGAUGACGGCAACGGCGGUAGCGCUCAGCGGAAAGAGAAGAAGACCAAGAGUAGAGACAAGCUGCCGGCCUCGGCGUCGGAGUCGGCGUCGGCAGAAGACGUGGUAGCGAGUGCGCAUACAUCUGAGUCUCAAAUAGAGGAGGCAGGACGAGAGGAGGGACGAGUGCAGCAGCAAAUGAAGAUCCUCCCCGGGGAGCGCCUCUCGGACUUUGCGCUCCGAGUCGACCAGUCGCUGCCACUGAGCCAGGUACCCAAGCACAGCACCAAAAGCACGCAAGUGGUACCGGGCCUUAAAGAGAAGACGUAUCUCACCAAACACAACAAACGACUGGCGAAGAUGCAAACGCAGUGGCGGGAAGACGAUAAGCGUUUCAAGGAGAAGCGGGAGGAAGAGCUCGAGGAGUUGGACGACAAGAAGGAGGAGGAGGGCUUGUUGUGGAUGGGGGUCGACGAGGCCCGGAAGGGGAAGAAAGGGAAGAAGGCGAAGCGGGAGGGUGAUAUCUGGCGUGUGCUGGAGCGGCGGAGGAAAGAAGCGGGUACGUUUGGAGACCGAGGUGGGGGGCUGAACGCUGGCACUGCGGUUCAGGCGCCCCCGGUGCUGAAAGGAUUGAAGAACAUGUUUAAGGAGAGAGGCGAGGUGCGAAGUGGCCCCGUGGCUGCAUGA